CAGUAUAAGUACUCAUGGUGGCUUGUCCUAUUGAGGACAUCCGAUAAAAAUCAUGGUAUUCUCAGCGAACCCGUUAUCCCUAAGCGUACCCGACCCAGCGUUCGACUCAUGGCUUCGGGACUCCGGCUAUCUCGACCUUCUCGACCAUCGCUCCUCCUCCACCGCCACAGCGUCGACAACCACCAACGCCUCCGCUAAAGAUGACGCCAACAACAGUGACAAUUUCUUCUUCCAGUUUGUCCCCUCCUUCCUUUCUCGUCUGGGUAUCAUCCUAUCUCUCCUCACGCUCAGCCCAUUCUCAAAGCUAACCACCGAUGACUUGUCAGGCGAAACUCCGUCCUGGACCAGCGGUUAUCUCGGGAACUUUGGGUCUUACUCGUUUCCGUCCUCUGCCGAGCAGGCCAGGCUCAGGGUUCAAGAGAAUAUCAAGCGUUACGCCCGCAAUUAUGCAUCUCUCUUCAUCCUCUUCUUUGCCUGCUCUCUGUAUCAAAUGCCAGUUGCUCUUGUUGGAUUGCUAUCAAGUUUAGCGCUAUGGGAUCUGUUCAGGUUCUGCAGCGAUAGAUGGGGAUUCGAACGACACCCUGUAACUAGGCAGGUUUUGGUUCGAACUGUCCAGUGUGCUACCGUGGUUAUUUUGUUGCUCUUAAAAAUUCAAAUGGCUAUCUUCUAUGCACUUGCAGUCACUUAUGCAGUUAUGAUGUUACAUGCCACAUUGAGGAAGCUCACUCCAAUGAAGCAACCUUCUCGGGGAAAAUGGAAGUAGAUAUUACUGUCGUGAGUUUCCCGUUAUUUAUUGCUGGAAGGUCUAUGGUCAUCGAUUUUAUUACUCCUAAAUGUCGAGCUAAACCAAAAAAUGUACAGAUCUUACACAAAGAAAGUGACUGCGAAAGCGAACCACUUUAUGACAGUUCUUCACAUGAAAAAAGUAGUGAACUUGUCAAUCAGUUUGUAGGGUGUCACAAUGCAGUUGUACUUAUAUGUGGGGUUUCGGACAAUAUAAUUUGUGAUAUUCUAGCACAUUUGAUCUAUGUUGCAUUUAUUCAA